UUAACAUAUGUCCUCUCAGCAGCUGCUUAACUUUUCUCUUACAGUCUUACCACUGCCUCCCGGGGUUCCCAUGUUUGUUCCUCUUUCCCAACCUCCUGUGUCUUGUUACCAUAUGAAUGUCGCUCACACACAGUUGCCACCAUCAAAUCCUGUUUUCAUGCCUUCAAAGGCAUCUAACAUGUCGAUCCCAACACCAAAAGUGGAAAUGUCUCCCGUUUCAUCAGUUAACAAAGAGACUGUUAACGAACAUAACCCAACUCAAAAAGUUAUAACUGCUCCACCACAAAUGGCUGGACCAAACGAGUUAGCGGCACGAGCCAAGCAAGCCGCUGCGGCGGUUGCAGCUGCCAAGUCUAAAGCUGAAGACGAAGACGAUGAUGUUACUCGAGCAUUGCUAGCUGCGGCAGCGGGAGUUACUUAUACUCGAGUUCAGGGGCCAGAUGGAAAAGAAAAGGUUUUAGCAAGUAUCACUAAACCUCCGCUAACACCAGUCGUUACACAAUCAAGUAAAAAAUCAAAGCUAACCGAUCUCAAUACGGAUACGGAAGUGAACAAAGUAACACAAACAACAAUAUUACCACCGGUACCACCUACAAUUUAUCGUUCUGCUAGUACAACUACAAAUGAUCAAGUCUAUAAAAAGAAAAAGUACAUUCGCACAGCUGCUGGAGCCACUUGGGAAGACCCGACUUUGGUUGAAUGGGAUCCAAAUGACUUCCGAUUAUUUUGUGGGGAUUUGGGAAAUGAAGUGACAGAUGACACUUUAGCACGAGCAUUUAACCGCUACCCUUCUUUUCAAAAAGCAAAAGUUGUUCGAGACAAACGUACCAGUAAAUCUCGUGGUUAUGGUUUCGUUAGCUUUUCUGAUCCUGGAGAUUUCACACGUGCCAUGCGAGAAAUGAAUGGUAAGUUAUAAUCUACUGUUACUAGGCUAUAUACAAAAUUGUCUGCUCUGUCCGAUUACUUAUCUUGAUCAAUCGAAUAAAACGAGAUUUUGCUUGCAGUUCCGUACCAAUUAAUAGAUACUAAACACAAAUAACUUCAAAGGUGAAACAUAAUUUGCUUGUUUUCUUUAGUAGAUGUAGGAUGAUAAAAUCUAGAAAAACCUCUUUAUUAUUGGAAUCCAUUGUCGAACUCUGUACAAGUAAAAAAUGCAUAUGAUUUUGGCCAUGUGUAGGAUAAACUUGUGGUUUGUAUAUUUAAUAACAGAGAGGUGCUUUCUACAGCUAUUACCGUUAUCUCACCGACGAUGAUUUUCUCUUAUCAACUCAGUAAAUACAGCUCAUUUGGAUGUUACUCAGAACGGACAUGACUUGGAAAGAUGACAUGUCACACAAAUGCCGAUUCGUAUAACUGCACUUCGCAGAAGCAUAAUGAGUGUCUUAAAGACCACUACAGAUUAAAGAUUCCUGAUAUUUAGACAAAAGAAUACACCUGGGUCCUUGUGAUCUAUUUCAGCCAGUCUCCUAACGCCAAUAGUGAUAUAAAGCAAAUCGGACUUUUAUCCCAAAACAUUACUUAUGAAAUUUCAAUUAGAGUACCAAGACUUUUAAUACUUUCCCAUCAAAACCAAUUUAUCAAACUCCAAUUUUAUUUUCGAUAGGAAUUACAGAAUGUGAUGAUUGUAGAAAAGACUGGAUAAAAAGAUAUUGGCUGUGUUUGUGGAAUAUAAGCUAUACGACAGUAACUGAAGGAAUUCACAUUAUUUGUCACUACAAGAAUUCAAUCAGUCAUAAAUAACGUAAGAACUGUGGCGCAUGCUGACCACCCCAAAUUACUAGACGACAUUAGUACAAAACCAUACAAAUUACUCCAUCUAAAGAACCAGCAUUUAUUUCAUUUGGACACAUAAAUAUUGGUAUAAAGAAGUACCAGAUAAUAUGCGCCACACAAUUAUAGUGAGAAUGUGAAGAGAUACAGAAUAAGAGGUGCGUAUAAGAACAAAGAAGUAAGACAAUGAACAGAAAUUAGUGUAUGAUAGUGAAAUAGAAAUAAAAGGAGAGGAAGUUCAGUCACAGCGAAUUCUUCCACAUAAGGUAGUUACGUCCUUUUUUAUAUGAAGAAAGUAAAAGGUUGCAACAAAAUCGCCACUGGCUUCUAUUCUGAAUGUCUGGUGACUUCUCAAGCCAUUGUGUUGCACCAUCUCUAGGACCCUAACCAGGGAGUCGUGAAGGACCAAGAGAGGCCAGUCAUGUACAGCUUUUCUUCAUACCACUACACCAUGUCAUACACUGAUCACCUCUCCACUUCCUCCAACCUGUUCCAGCGUCGGCAAAUAAUGCAAGACAUGGAAUCCUCCGGGACGACAUUCGUAAAACAUUUCCAAGCCACCGAAGUCGAUGUUUCAAAUAGUGACACUAAUUGAACUAUCGUCACUGUGCUCAAACGCACGAUUCUGCCACUAGACGUGACCAAUCCUCCAGAGACAACGAUGAUCAAACACAGUCGUAUAACAUCCUCAACUCGAAGAGGUCAGAUUUCACAAACAUAGAGCAAAACUGCUCUCACCGACGCGUUGUAGGUCCAACC